GCUAGCUUAACGCUGGUCUCCCGUUUGACAUCCUCCAGCGGAAAAAAGUACCAACAAAAAGCAACAACAGCCCAUCAAAUACGUUAAACAGCGUGUUUUUUCCUGGAUCAGCAGGUCCGCUGUUGCCGAGGAGAAGCAGAUAGAGUGAUGUUUUCCCGCAGGUGGCGGUUCGGUUGGGACAGGUACAGUGAGGUGGACCUCUUCACAGAUCGCCAUGAGACAAACACAGAGAGUCUGUCGCAGGCCAUCCGAGCUGCGGUGUCUGAGGAGCCGGACGCAGACGGCAGCGUGCUGUUUGGUCAGAUGCAGGGCACCGUGGUGGGCCUCAGAUACUACACCGGGGUGGUGAACCAGGGGGAAAUGGUUGCCUUGGUGCGGCAGCCCCAGAAUCCAUACGACCGCAACGCUGUGAUGGUGGCCAAUGUGUACGGCAGCCAGGUGGGACACAUCAAGCGGGAGCUGGCAGCAGCCAUGGCCCACGUAAUGGACAACAACCUGGCCAAAGUAGAGGGGGUGGUGCACUCAAGGACAAAAAACCAGUUCACCAUGCCAGUGAUGCUGUCCUUCUGGGGGAAAGAGGAGAACAAAGAUGCUGUGAUUCAAGGGUUGGCACGUCACGGAUACAAACUGAACACCGAUGGAAACAAAGGAGCAGGUGCGAGCAUGAAAUCAGGUCCUUGGAGUGGUACUGCACCAUUACCCAGAAAAGGUUUGACCAUCCCACUGACUGCACAGGAGCUGAAGAACGCAUUUGACAACCUGUUUGAGGGGUUGAUGGAAAGUAAAGAAGGGGAGAAAGAAGCUGCGGAGGCGGUGAGCACUCCUCUGCUGCCCCACCAGAAGCAGGCUCUGUCCUGGAUGUGUGCUUGUGAAAAUAAAUCUGAGCUCCCGCCCUUCUGGGAGAAGAGAGGAGAGCUUUACUACAACAGACUCACAUGCUUCUCUGCCAAGGAAGUGCCCGAGAGGGUCCGUGGGGGGAUACUGGCAGAUGAUAUGGGACUGGGGAAAACUUUGACAACCAUCGCUCUGAUCCUCACCAACUUCCACAAAGGAAAGCCUCUUCCUGUAGAGAAGUGUUCCUCACCUACCAAAGCCUCUGCAAACUUGCGGAAGGCCCCCAAGCUGGAAGGAAGCAGUAGUGAAAGGGAUCGCACAGGAGUGGAUGAUACAGCAGCUGAUUCUCGAUGUUCAGACAUUAACCAGAUCGAGGUGAUAUGUGUUGAUUCACCGGAGGCAGUGGAGGUCGAGUCACAGAAGACAAGUGCAAGCCAAGGCAAGCAGAAAGCCACCAAGAGAAAAUCCAAGACAGAGCCUCCAGCACUCCUGGAGGAUGAUGGCUUUGCUGCAGCGCUGAGUGGCUCAACAUCAGGAAUGAGCUCAAAGAUUAAGAAAACUGCCAAGAAGGCCACUCCAGCCCCCGGUGUGGAAACCUCUUCUCUGAGUGCUGAGGACUUAUCAGCUAGAGCCACUCUCAUCAUCUGUCCACUGUCUGUGCUCAGCAACUGGCUGGACCAAUUUGAGCAGCAUGUACGUCCUAAUGUCAAGCUGAAUUUGUAUCUUUACUACGGUUCAGAGCGCAACAGGAGCAAGAAGUUCCUGUCGUCCCAGGAUGUGGUGCUCACAACCUACAAUGUGCUCUCCGCCGACUUCGGGAAUAAGAGUCCUCUUCAUGGUAUCAAUUGGUUGAGGGUGGUGCUGGAUGAAGGACACGUCGUGAGGAACCCCAACACACAGAUGAGCAAAGCCGUGCUCGACCUGAAAGCUCAGCGACGAUGGAUACUCUCAGGCACCCCCAUUCAGAACUCUGUGAAGGACCUGUGGGUGCUGCUGGCCUUCCUGCGUCUGAAGCCGUUCGAUGUGAAGGACUGGUGGAACAGAGUGAUCCAGCGACCGGUCACACAAGGAGACCGGGUCGGCAUCCAGAACCUUCAGACCCUGGUGAAGUGCAUCACGCUGCGCCGCACCAAGACCAGUGAGGUGAACGGGCGCCCCCUGGUGUCUCUGCCGGAGAAGGUUGUGUGUGUGGAGCAGGUCAAGCUCACCCAGGAGGAGAGAGAGCAGUAUGAGCUGGCACGCACUGAGGGAAGAAACACCAUCCGCAGAUAUAUGGCUGAGGGCACAGUGCUGAGGAACUAUGCUGAUGUGCUGGCCAUCUUGAUGAGGCUCCGACAGCUCUGCUGCCACCCUGAUCUGCUGGCUAAGAUCUCGUCAGACUUGGCUGCAGCGGCCACCCCGGCGGAGCUGCGAGAGCGGCUUAUCGAGAAGCUGAGGUUGGUGCUGGCCAGCGGCUCGGAUGAGGAGUGCUCUGUGUGUCUGGACUCGGUCCGUCUGCCCGUCAUCACACACUGCGCCCACGUCUACUGCCGGCCCUGCAUUGCUCAGGUCAUCAGCACCGAGAAGGAGAUGGCGCGCUGUCCUCUGUGUCGAAGUGAGAUCAAGACCAAUGAACUGGUAGAGUUUCCACCGGAAGAAAUGGAAGAGGAGGACAGCGCAAACUCACAGAACUGGAGGUCCAGCUCAAAGGUGGAUGCACUGAUGGGCAACCUGCGCAGGCUGCAGUUUGAAGACCGCAGCAUCAAGUCUCUGGUGGUUUCUCAGUUCACACGCUUCCUCACCAUACUGGAGACCCCACUUAGAGAGCAUGGUUUCAGUUUUGUGCGUUUAGACGGCACCAUGAGCCAGAAGAAACGAGCCCAGGUCAUCCAGGAGUUCCAGAGCUCUGCCCCUGACAGCCCCGUCAUCAUGCUGCUGUCACUCAAAGCUGGAGGGGUGGGGCUUAACUUGACUGCUGCCUCCCACGUUUUCCUCAUGGACCCUGCAUGGAACCCUGCUGCCGAGGAGCAGUGUAUCGACCGCUGCCACCGCCUGGGCCAGACGAAGAAGGUUGUUGUGACCAAGUUUAUCGUGAAGGACUCCGUGGAGGAGAACAUGGUGCAGAUCCAGAGGCAGAAGCAGGAUCUGUUUGAGAAGGCUUUCGGCUCUAAGAAUGCCGAUAAGAAAACAUCUCGCAUCGACGACAUCAAAGCCCUGAUGGAGCUUUAGACGGCUGCUCCUGGAUGAUUUUUUAGUAAAGCAUCAAAGGUAUGCUACACAUGGGGACGAGGCAGAUGAGAGAAUAUGUCAAGGAGCCUGCAGUUAACCUUGGAGGAAGGAAAAAAAAAACUAAUGUGUUGAAUUGUAAUUCUAAGUUCAAAAGCAAAAUAUCUCGUUCUGAAAAUUUCAUUGCUCUGUAUGAUUUUUAAUGUUUUAUUCCUCGCCUCUGGGUCAGACACUCACUACUGAUGUUUUACACUUAGUCGCUGUGCUGAACAAGGAUUUACAGUUGUUUUUAUGACUUGGGUGUUUUUCCAAACAUAAAUGUGACAGUUCUUUCUUUUGUAGAGAA